AUGAGUGAAACAAGGGGCACCCAUAUCCUGUAUAUCUGUGUCUCUUUGGGUGUCAUUGCAUCACCCAACGUUCUGUUGUCAUCCUGUGCUGUUCUCUUCCGUAAACCUGGGAAGAAACCUCCCCUCCCCACCUUUGUGAGACGAUUGUUGAUGGCUUCUAAAUUCUGGACCCAGGGUGGAAGUGAUUCUGAGGAGGAGGAGAGUGAUUAUGACGAGGAGGUCGAAGCCACAGUGGGUGAUUCUGCCAGUCAAGCCGUGACAAGCAGGUACCUGCAGGAUAAUGCAAGUGACAGUGAUGACUCCGAUGGCCAAAAGCGUGUUGUGAGGUCAGCAAAAGACAAGCGUUUUGAGGAGAUGGCUUCCACUGUCGACCAGAUGAAGAAUGCCAUGAAGAUCAAUGACUGGGUGAGCUUGCAGGAGAAUUUUGACAAGAUUAACAAACAACUUGAGAAAGUCAUGCGUAUCACUGAGUCGUUGAAGGUCCCCAAUCUUUACAUAAAGGCACUUGUGAUGUUGGACGAUUUCUUGGCUCAGGCUUUGGCUAAUAAGGAUGCCAAGAAGAAAAUGAGUAGUAGCAAUGCUAAAGCCUUGAACUCAAUGAAGCAGAAGCUGAAAAAGAAUAAUAAGCAGUAUGAGGAGUUGAUUAAUAAGUGCAGGGAGAACCCUGAGAGUGAGGAGGAAAAAGAAGAAGAGGAGAGUGAUGAAGAUUAUGAAAGUGAUGAUGAGAUUAUUGAGCCAGAGCAGCUUCGGAAACCAGAAGCAAAAUCUGAUUCAGAAGCCUCUCAAUAUGAUGAUGAAAAGCCAGAUGAAGGUCCUUGGGACCAAAAGCUUAGCAAGAAGGACAGACUUUUAGAUAGACAGUUCAUGAAAAACCCUAAUGAGAUCACAUGGGAUACUGUUAACAAGAAGUUUAAAGAGGUUGUGUCUGCUAGGGGAAGGAAGGGAACUGGGAGGUUCGAACAGGUUGAGCAGCUCACUUUCCUAACGAAAGUUGCUAAGACUCCUGCACAGAAGCUGGAAAUUCUGUUCAGUGUGGUUUCUGCUCAGUUUGAUGUUAAUCCGGGUCUCAAUGGGUACAUGCCCAUAAAUGUAUGGAAAAAAUGUGUGCAGAACAUGCUGAUCAUUCUUGAUAUUUUAGUCCAGUACCCAAACAUAGUGGUUGAUGAUUCUGUAGAACCAGAUGAGAAUGAAACACAGAAAGGUACUGAACAUAAUGGACCAAUUCGGGUUUGGGGGAACUUAGUUGCUUUCUUAGAAAGAAUUGAUGUCGAGUUUUUCAAGAGCUUGCAAUGCAUAGACCCUCAUACACGUGACUAUGUGGAGAGACUUAGGGAUGAACCCUUAUUUCUGGUUCUUGCUCAGAAUGUCCAGGAAUAUCUUGAAAGAGUUGGAAAUUUCAAAGCCGCUUCUAAGGUGGCCUUGAGGAGGGUGGAGCUCAUCUACUACAAACCACAGGAAGUUUAUGGUGCUAUGAGAAAAUUGACUGAGUUGGCAGAUGCUGGGGAGAAUGGAGGGGAGGCAAGUGAGGAGUCAAAAGGAUUUGAGGAACCAAGAAUUCCCGCUGCAUUUGUUGUUACCCCAGAGGUUGUGCCACGGAAACCCACCUUCCCUGAGUAUAACAGAACCCUAAUGGAUGUAUUGGUAUCUCUGAUAUACAAAUAUGGAGAUGAGCGAACUAAAGCACGUGCAAUGCUCUGUGAUAUAUAUCAGCAUGCACUUCUUGAUGAGUUUUCAGUUGCCCGUGAUCUGCUACUUAUGAGCCAUUUGCAAGAUAGUGUUCAGCAUUUAGACAUUUCAACACAGAUACUUUUUAACAGGGCUAUGUCACAGUUAGGCUUAUGUGCUUUUCGGGUUGGAUUGAUUUCUGAAGCACACGGCUGUCUGUCUGAACUCUACUCUGGCGGAAGGGUGAAGGAGUUGCUGGCACAAGGUGUCUCACAAAGUCGUUAUCAUGAAAAGACUCCAGAACAGGAAAGGUUGGAAAGAAGACGGCAGAUGCCAUAUCAUAUGCACAUCAAUCUUGAGCUCCUGGAGGCCGUCCAUCUUGUGUCUGCUAUGCUGCUGGAAGUUCCCAACUUGGCAGCCAAUGUUCAUGAUGCCAAACGGAAGGUCAUUAGUAAAACUUUCCGUCGCUUGCUUGAGGUAAGCGAUAAACAAACAUUUACUGGUCCACCAGAAAAUGUUCGAGAUCAUGUUAUGGCUGCUACAAGGGUUCUUCGCAAGGGAGACUUCCAGAAGGCUUAUGACAUUAUCGUGUCUCUUGAUGUAUGGAAAUUUGUGAGAAAUCGAGACAGUGUGCUUGAAAUGCUGAAGGACAAAAUCAAAGAGGAGGCAUUGAGGACAUUCCUCUUUACCUUCUCUUCAUCUUACGAAUCCUUAGGUCUGGAUCAGCUCAACAAAAUUUUUGAUCUCUCUGUUUCUCGCACUCAUAGUAUUGUCAGUAGGAUGAUGAUCAAUGAGGAGCUUUAUGGAAGCUGGGACCAGCCAACUGGGUGCAUUCUUUUCCAAGAUGUUGAACACUCUAGGCUGCAGGCAUUGGCAUUCCAGUUGACAGAGAAGUUAUCUAUUCUUGCCGAGAGUAAUGAAAAAGCAACAGAGGUAAGGAUAGGUGGUGGUGGAUUAGAUCUGCCUCUGCGACGGAGAGAUGGCCAGGACUAUGCCGCUGCUGCUGCAGCUGGUAGUGGAACAACCUCUGCAGGUGGGAGGUGGCAAGACCUGUCCCUUUCUCAGCCAAGACAAGGCAGUGGGCGUACCGGAUAUGGUGGUGGCGGUGGAAGACCAAUGGCAUUAGGCCAAGUAGCUGGGAGUGGCUAUUCAAGGGGACGAGGAACAGGUGCUUCAUAUGGAGGUUCAGGUAGGACUUCUCAAAGGGGUUCAGCAUUAAGGGGAUCCCAUGGCGAUGUAUCUACUCGCAUGGUUAGCCUUAAGGGAGCGCGAGCUUGA